GAGCUAUGAUUCUGGUGGACUGGCUCAGGAGCAGAGCUAUGACUCUGGUGGACUGACUCAGGAGCAGAGCUAUGACUCUGGUGGACUGACUCUCGUUUGAGAACAGAAUCUCACAGCCAUAACAGGAGUACAUGCACAGUCCCACUGGUUUGUAACCGUUGGUCAGACUGAAGUGCAAUGAAAAAUGAAAAUGUAGUAUCUGUUCUCCUUCACCUCAGUCAAUCUAAACAUGUGCAGGCACAGGCGGACGAUACAGAGAAUAAGAUCCGUGCGGAAUUCCGUAGUCUCCAACUGUUCCUUGAGGAGGAGAUGAUGAGCAGGAUAGACGCGCUGAGACCCGUGACAGGGUUCUCAGUCUCAUAGAGAGGAGGGAGACGCUGGGGAGGCAGGUCGACUCCAUCUCGGAGAAGAUCCAGGCCAUCGAGGAGCAGUUGGAAGCUGCGGACACCUCAGUUGUGCUGAAUUACAAAACCACUUUGCACAGAGCCCAGUGCACACUCCAGAAUCCAGAGAGGGUUUCAGGACCUCUGAUCAAUGUGGCAAAGCACCUGGGCAACCUGAAGUUCAAAGUCUGGGAGAAGAUGCAGGAGAUUGUUCAGUACACUCCUGUGAUUCUGGACCCCAACACAGCGUUUUCACGCUUGAUCCUCUCUGACGACCUGACUGCUUUCCGAGAUGGCUUAUGGCCCCGUAAGGGCCAGUGUCUCCCUGCCAACCCGGAGAGACUCAAGGACCACGUUGGUGUGCUGGGCUUCGAGGGCUUCAAGUCGGGCGUCCACAGCUGGAUAGUGGACGUGUACAGCGCGACAUGGUUGCUGGGCGUGAUGGAAGAGUCUGCCCAGAGGCAGAGAGGCGUUCGCUGCCAUCCAGAAUACCUGUACCUGGAAAUGGAAUCGGAAUGCGCGCCAGACUACCGCGCAUGCUUUCCACCAGAUAAGUUAGUGAAAAUCAAAUUGGAGAAGGAGCUUCUGAGGGUUACGGUGACGCUAAAUUGCGACGAGGGAAUGCUAACCUUUACUGAUAGUAUGACCAACGACAUCAUACACACCAUCCAGCACACCUUCACCCAAACAGUGUACCCGUUCUUCAGCACCAUCUGCCCUGACACUCCUCUUAGACUCCUGCAUAUGAAGAUCUCUAUAAACCUACAGUCAGCCAUGGGCAUCAACAGAUCAAAAUGUUAUCUUAAAUGGUAGAGGCAGCAGAGUGUAACUGGACCAAUUUGACAUCCAAUGACAACGGGAGUACUUCCUGUUUUUUUUUGUUUGUUUGUUUGUUUAUUCAAGUGUUCACUGAGGAAGACUCAGGCAGGUUUGUUGUGUCCUGAGGAAAAUAAAAUAAGGAAUUACAUU